AUGGGUCGAGAAAUCAGCAGCAAAAGCUGCCAUACCUGCAGAAAACGGCGCGUCAAAUGCGACACCAAGAGGCCCGUAUGCACUCAGUGCGAAAAGUCAAAAUAUGAAUGCCUCGGGUAUGAUCGCAUAUUGCGUAUCGAAUCCCAUGGAGUUGGCUUGGGAACACAACCGGGUCGCCAGACUUUGGUCAAAAUUGGCCAAUCCAACUCUUAUCCAGUCAACGCUCCAACUAGGACUCCUGGCACUACUUCGACUCGUGGUCGUACUAAGGGCCGCAAAAAGAAAGUUGAUAACUCUAUUAACUCAGUCACGGAUUCGACAACAGCUGCAGAGGCAAAAGACUCAAGGCUAGAGUUAUCACAUUACAUGACAGGUGUUCCUGUUGAACUCAAUUUAGAACCGUUCACCGACAAUGUCACUUUCUCUUACUUUUUCGACGCCUACAGCUGGAUCAAUAUCCAUUCUAUUCUUCUCCAAGAUACUCCAAUGAGGCAAAUCCUCGCCCAGCAAAGCGACGAACUCUGCUAUGACAGCCUUCGUGCUCUAGCAUAUGGGGUAUUUGGUCGAGACCACCAAGUAGAGGGCUUGAAAAGAACUGCGAGGCGUAUCUAUGGCAAGGCCCUUCAGCAGUUGCAAUCCACGCUAAUGACAGCAUCCAAACACGAAUUAGCUACUCUUAUCAAGCCUAUAUCCAUCAUGGGAUCUUAUGCAAUUGCGGUUGAUUCCAAGCUUGAAUUUGUACAUCAUCAGGGGUUAGCUACAAUUCUCGAAUACUGUGGCCCUGAACACUUUCAGGAUUUGCCGGUUGUUUUUGAAUCUACAAGAUUUACAAUGCUUGCCAAUGCUCUUGUUCAGAGAAAAGACACACUUAUCAGCGAAGAAAAAUGGAAAUCGGUGCCAUGGGCACUACAUCCCGAAUUGAAGACAAAUACAAGCAAACUGGUUGACAUAAUAUCCGGCCUUCCAGGUAUUAUUCAGAAAACAGACGACAUUCUCAACGAACGGUCACAAAUAGCCGCAGGUUCAGAUAUAGUUCCCAAGGAAAUGCCUGACUCAGUAUCUGGUCUGCAGCAGCAAUUGGAGUCCAUCAGCUUGGAUCUCGUCGCGUGGCGACAUUACUGGUCCCAAGAUAACAGCCCUACCGCACAAGAUAUACUUGAAUGGGCAUUAUUCAGAGUCAGUGAUGAAUCAUAUCGACCAGGCAUUUAUGGAGUUUCAGGAGCAGAUACUUAUGGUCUAAACUUGGGCACAACUGCAGGCCUGGACGUUCCUUUUGGGUUGGGUAACUGUACUCGCAAAGAGCCUGAAGCAAAUAGCAAGACUUUUGCUUUGAUGCAGGAAGCUGCGCUUUAUUUAACGGGGCUAAUUUGGGUAGGGCGGCUUCGCAAGAAUCUUGCCGGUGCUGCUCGUGCUGCGGAUGCCAUUGACUUUUACAAUGCGCCGUUUUUCUCUACCUGUCGUUGUUUUUACGAUAGGGAGCCCGGAGGAACAAGGCAUUGCCAAGUGUUUCCAGAACCCAGCAACUUUAUGGCAACAGCGGCAUCUUGGAAUAUUAACACGGCCAAAAUAGUUGAAUCGCCGAUUAGAUGGUCAAGUCACGACAGUAACGACACUUCAAUUGAUAGCUCUGGUUCAAACUUGCUUCCAGGGGACGGUCGCUUUGCUGCACAAUUAAGGAUCUUGAGCUGGUUGGUUCAACGCUUGCCGGAGACACGACCUUAUAUUCUUGCCGUGCUUGCCGGGAUGGGACUGAGCCACUGUGUUCAUGAUGUUCGUCCAUCGGAGGGGAAUGAGUAUAUUGCGGAGACUGUCCGUGAAACUAUGAAGAAGUCGAGAUAUGGAGAUGCAGCAUUCGUCCUGCUCAAGAGCUACCGGUAA